CAUUAAUAUUAGCACUGAUUCCACAACAAUAGCGCCGCUGACAAUAAUAUUAUUAAUAGCCUCCAAUUGGGCGCUAAGGAUUCCCAUGCACACAGCGACCUCUGGCGGCGCCGCAAGGGACACACAGGCGUGAGGCCUGUGAGACACAGCGGGAGCUUGGAUCUCUCCCCCCCUCUCCAACUUCGCCGCCCCGUCACGUGAACGCUCUCGGCCAACCAGAGUCCGUGUUGUCGCGGCCGGACGCCAUUGCUGCUGUCAGAGAGGCGAAGCUCUGGUCAGUGUGUGAGAGAGACAGAGACGAACGGCGGGAGAGACCAGGAGCCGAGCUAUCCACCGAGCCCCCCGGGGAGGCGGGCCGAGCACAGGUCCCACAGGAAGGCCCGGGUCUGCUGGCUGUGAUUGAGGACGCUGCUGGACUAGGCCCCUGAGGCCUCCUACUGUGACACGGGGCGGUCUCCCCCCCUCAGUCCUUGAUUUCUGUGUGUGUCUCCCGCCGCCUGCCCUGGCUGAGAGGAGCGGAGCCCCCCUGAGUGACUGAGCGGAUGUGGCCUGACUGUCUAGCCUGUGGCGGGGAGUGAGCGGCUACACCGGGGCCCGCGGCUGGCGCACCGGCAGCCUCCGCUUAGCCUCCCCGUACUGGCAGUACAUUCCCUGAGAAGCAGGGGGAGGCCGCUGCGCUUCCUUCCCCUCCUCUUCCUCUCACAUCCCACGGCUUCAGGCCGCCCCUCCCCCACACGGGUGACUCAUUUCACCGCGCCGGAUUAUCGGCCCAGUCCGGGCUCAUUGGAGCUGUUCUCCUCGGGACUCUUUCAUCCGGGCCGGCCCUGCCUAGGACAUGGUUGUAUCCCGCCGGCCUCUGUGAUUCGUCAUCCCCGUGUCCCCCUCUAGGCCCGGGCCUCGUCUGCAGCCUGCCCUCUUUCGGAUCGGAUCCAGGAUUUUAGCUCUCAGACAUGCCCAGCUCUGGUAGCCAGGCACCUGGAGGAUCAUGACUGCGGCGGCGAACUGGGCAGCCAACGGGGCGAGCCUGGAGGACUGUCACUCUAACCUCUUCUCACUGGCUGAAUUAACUGGCAUCAAAUGGCGUCGCUACAAAUUCCAAGGCCAUGGCGACUGCAGUCCAAUCAUCUCCGCUCCAGCCCAAGACGACCCCAUUCUUUUGAGCUUCAUCCGUUGCUUGCAGGCCAACCUGUUGUGUGUAUGGAGACGUGAGGUCAUGCCUGACUGCAAAGAGCUCUGGGUUUUCUGGUGGGGAGAUGAACCGAAUCUUGCAGAUGUUAUCCACCAUGAGCUCACCAUGCAAGAAGAGGGGCUGUGGGACAAUGGUCUAUCCUAUGAGUGUCGGACACUACUUUUUAAGGCCAUUCACAACCUGUUAGAAAGGUGUUUGCUUGAUAAAAGCUUUGUGCGAAUUGGAAAGUGGUUUGUGAAGCCCAGUGAAAGAGAGGAAAAAUCAGUCUCAAAGAGUGAGAACCUUUCCUGCUCCUUUACUUUUUUCCUCCAUGGGGAAAGCAGUGUUUGCACAAGUGUAGAGAUUGCUCAGCACCAGCCAGUGUAUCUCAUCAACCAGCACCAUCUCCAGCUGGCGCAGACAUCCCACACGCCAUGCCAAGUUAUUCUGAGUCCUUAUGGGUUGAGUGGAACGCUUACUGGACAUGCCUACAAAACAUCAGACCCCACAACCCGAAGGCUGCUUGAAGAAUGGCGUCCCUUCUACCCUACAGUGCUCUCUGCAAGGAAGGAACAACGGGAAGAUCAGGAAAUGCUUUAUGAUGAUGAUUUUCCGGCAGCAGUGGAAGUAAUUGUGGGAGGCGUUCGGAUGGUUUACCCCUCAGCUUUCGUUCUCAUAGCUCACAGUGACCUGCCAGCUCCGCCGAGCACUGUGAACACUGGGCAUAGUGGUACAAGUACUCAGCAAAACACUGUUUUCACUAAAGAUCCCAGCCCUUGCAGGAUGCCCUUGACGCCACCCACGUCACCAGAUCAAGCUGUUCCUGGAGACAUUAGGUCUGUAACAGCAAGUGGUAACAGCCAAUCAUCCGGAGACAGUGUCAGCCAUUCGAGGCACAGUCCCAAACGUGGAGGGAGAAGUUAUUUGAAGUUGCGGAGUCAUAUGGCGCAGAGAGCUUGGAGGGAAUGCAUCCUGAACAGAAGUCCAUUAAAGUCAAAUAUGCCCAACCAGCAGGAAGAGGAAGUGACGGGUCACAUAACACCUUGGGACUUUGUGGAUCCUACUCAGAGAGUCAACUGUUCAUGCUCCAGGCACAAGUUGUCCAAGCAGCGUGGUGCACAAAGUGCAGCUCGUCCUCCCUCUGUUUCCCAGGCCUGUGUGGGUGGAAACCCCUCUUCCAGCAAUUCUUCCCUACAACCUUCUGCAUCUUCCAAGCACAAACCGAACGAUCGCCAAGAAAAGGCAGAUAAACUGCAGAAAAAGGCCACAACUCCAUUCCAUCACCGACCAUCUCCAACCCAGAGCGAACAAUGCAUGACACAGGAACAGUCUGUGCAGCAGCGCCAAGGAACAGAGCCUCCAGCUGAAACAGCCUCCACCACUACACCAAACAGGCAGUUCUCUAGUAUAGCACCUGCAGGGGAGCUCGAUCAACUAUUGCCAGUACCCCCUGCUGAUUCCCCGCAUUCACCUGCCUCCCCAAUGCCCCCUACUCUUAGUCCACAGCCCCCGCAACAAGAAGUUGAAAUUCAUGAUCAAGAAGUGGCGGUCUCAAAUCUUUAUCCUAACGGUUUAGAAAUGCAACCACUUGAUGACAGGACGAUAAUGGCAGCUAGCCUUGGCCUGCCUAUGAUCACAGAAAUGAGUGAGACCAGUUUGUAUUGUGCUGGUCUUCCCCAGAAUCGAGAUGUUGAGGACAGCUGGCAUGGUUACAAACUUCCAACUGCUGUCAGCCAAAACUUUCGUCCACCAGAAAUCCAGGGAGAGUGGUACGAGGCCAAGCAGGAGGUGGGAUCUGAGAGCACUGCACUUAAAAGGCUUCUGUCUCAGCCCAACAGACGCUUCAAAGUCUUGGAUGAGAAGCGUCAGGUUGUAUCAGACCUCAGUUAUGUGGACCAGCUACCCCUACAUCCAAGUGAAGGCUUCGGGGACUCCACUGAUCCUUAUACUUUUGAGGAUGGAGAUAUUAAGUACAGUUUUACCACCGCAAACAAAAAAUGCAAGAUGGUAGCAGAACUUGAUCGUUCUCGGAAACAAAAGUCUGAUGAGGGGUUUGAGAAAGAUGCAUCACCUACAGAACAUCCUGCACCAGUGCCUGAUGGGAAAGAUGCCAUGUCAAUUUUUAGCCCCAUGUCAAAGUCAGACCCACGGCAGGACCGUGGGAUGGCAGCUAGCCUCACACAGGUCACUGAUCUGGCUCCUUCUCUCAAUGACCUGGACAAUAUAUUUGAUAAUUCUGAAGAUGAGGACCUGGCGGGAUCACCAGGCGCUCGUGCAAUGAAAGUUCCCUUGGGCGGAUCAGAAGAGCGUAAUGUUGGCAAAGAUGGCAGAGCAACGGUUCCCUACUUACCAACAACAGCUGAUCUGCAGAGGAUGUUUCCCACACCACCUUCCCUGGAGCAACAUCCUGCUUUUUCCCCCAUCAUGAUGUACAAGGACACCAUAGGCUCAGACACUGCAACAACUCUCAGUAUGAUGGAAAGUCCAAUGGUCAAUUUGGCCUCCAUGCAACAUGUAGAGUUCAAAAUGGAAAUUGAAGAAGGCCUAUGCAGUCCCAAGCCCGAGGAGAUCAAGGACUUUUCCUUUGUGUACAGAGUCCCUUCCUAUCAACCCUUCCUGGGUACCUCAAUGUUUGCACCACUUAAAUCAUUGCCCAGUCAGUGCCUGCUGUCCUUAAAAAUACCAGACGCCUGCAUUUACAGACCCUCCUGGGCUGCCCCUCCAAAAAUUCAACACCUUGCUUUACCACCUGCUGCUCCUUUUAACAGAGAUGGCUAUAUGAAUGUGCCAAGUGAAGGGAGUUUGACAGACCAAGAUUACCUGCAGCUCAACACUCCACAGACCAAUACCCCUCUUGCUCCUUGCAGCACAGCUCCACCCAGCAAUGGAGGAACUGGUGGCGUCUUGCCUUCUCCAGCUACUCCCAGGUUUUCUGUUCCCACUCCUCGCACACCAAGAACUCCUAGAACUCCAAAAGGUGCUGGAGGCGCUAGUGGGCAAGGUUCAGUGAAGUACGAUAGCACAGACCUCUGUUCUCCAGCUUCUACUCCAUCUACAACAAGGCCAUUGAGCUCUGUUGAGCCAGCCAGCAGUCAUCCCGCUCCCGAGGCCCACAGCCUUUAUGUUACUCUACUUCUCUCUGACUCUGUUCUAAACAUUUUCAAGGACAGGAAUUUUGAUAGCUGUUGCAUAUGUGCCUGCAAUCUGAACAUCAAAGGAUCUGAUGUAGGCCUCUACAUCCCAGACUCUUCAAAUGAAGACCAGUACCGUUGCACCUGUGGUUUUAGUGCCAUUGUUAACCGUAGACUUGGUUACCACUCUGGCCUAUUUAUAGAGGAUGAGAUGGACAUAUUUGGCCGAUCUUCUUACAUAGGGCAGGCAGUGGAAAGAAGACUGAACAUGACAGAGGCAGCGCAAAGAAGUGAGGAUCCUCCUCCACCUGCCCUUCUUUUGCUUCUGCAGAGUCAAUGCACUAGGCCUUUCACUAAUACCGGAGGAAUCUGGGAUCUUUCCUGUAACGAAUCAGAAUAUUUUUUGGAAGGACCAACUACUAACGUAGACCGAGUGAGGGUAGACAGUUCGGAUGCUUGGCCAGAGUGCUUAAAUGCACUAGAGCAGGGAAGACAGUAUGUGGAUAACCCAACUGGAGGAAGAGUUGACGAAUCUCUGGUCAGAAGUGCUACCUUCCACCUUUGGCCACACAACAAUGUGCUUGAUGUCAGCAUGCUACCAUCUCAGGAUGUGGUACGCAUGCUACUAUCCCUACAGCCAUUCUUGCAGGAUGCCAUCCAGAAGAAAAGGACAGGACGGACCUGGGAGAACAUACAGCAUGUGCAAGGUCCUCUGACGUGGCAGCAAUUUCAUAAGAUGGCUGGACGUGGAUCCUAUGGAUCUGAAGAAUCUCCAGAACCACUGCCCAUACCCAACCUUUUAGUUGGCUAUGACAAAGACUUCCUUACCAUAGCUCCUUUCGCUCUCCCCUUCUGGGAGCGUCUGCUUCUCGAGCCAUAUGGAGGCCAGCAGGAUGUAGGAUAUUUGGUAUUGUGUCCAGAAAACCCAGCCUUACUAGAUGGAGCAAAAGCCUUCCUCAGUGACUUGAGUGCCGUGUAUGAGAUGUGCCGCCUUGGACAGCACAGACCAAUCUGUAAAGUUCUGUCUGAUGGGAUUAUGAAGGUUGGCUGUUCUACAAGUGAAGGAUCAAGUGAGGAAUCAACCAGCGAGGAUGUGGACAACCGAGCUCGGCUUCAGAUGUAUGCUCAGACCUGCCGGCAACACUUAGCCCCAUAUCUGUCCUCCCUGCAACUGGACAGCAGCCUAUUAUUGCCUCCUAAAAGCCAAGCCAAUCCAAGUGCACAGAGUACUCCGAGUCCUGCUGCACCUCCCGGGCUAUCCAACCCUGCAUUCAGUUCCACUCCUAAUGGCACUGGAACAGCACCACAGUCAUCUUCAUCUUCAGUGCCUGCUGGAAGUAGCUCUGCUCCUGCAGCAUUCAACCCCGGCACAGCGCAGAAUUCUUCCAGUUCUGCAGAUCGAUCAGCAGGAAACCAGUCCACUGUAGAGGUGGAAUCAAAUCCACCAUCCUCACAGCUAGAAACGCCUGAAAGUACAACAGAAAGAGAUAAAAUUGGGAUCCCAACAGUGGCAGAGUCAGCUGCAAGCGUCACUUUAUCCCCAACUGUUGUCAUCUACAUGGUGGACCCUUUUACAUAUACUUCAGAUGAUGACUCUCAUACAGGAAACUUCUGGCUGCUGGGUCUGAUUCGGUGUUUUACAGAUAUGCUGGAAAUUUUACCAGAACCACUUCGUGCUGCCUGUAUCCUGCAGGUGGUGCCUUGUCGGUAUCUACUGCAGACGGUUAAUGAUGAGACAGUGUCCUACAUCCAGCACUUGAAGUCUUUAGCGUUCUCUGUAUACUGCCAGUGUCGUCGGCCGGUCGCCUCCCAGAUUCCCAUCAAGCCACUUACUGGCUUUGGUCCAGCAGCUGUCCUUAAUACAGUAUUUAAGAGCUCCGAGCAUCCAAUUCCAGGGCAGUUAUACUCGCCACCAUUUCUGCUUGCCCCCACGAAAGAAAAGCAGACAGAACCAGGAGAACCAUUUGGUGAGGCUGGGCAGAAGUACAAUGUGUUAUUCGUAGGAUAUUGCCUGUCUCAUGACCAGCGCUGGCUCCUGGCAUCUUGCACUGACUUACAGGGAGAGCUACUGGAAACCUGUGUAGUGAAUAUCCAUGUGCCCAAUAGGUUCAGAAGAAGCAAAGUAUCAGCACGGAAAAUUGGAUUACAGAAGUUGUGGGAGUGGUGUGUGGGACUAAUGCAGAUGACCUCUUUGCCCUGGAGGGUUGUUAUUGGACGCCUGGGAAGACUGGGCCAUGGCGAGCUAAAAGACUGGAGUAUUUUGCUGGGAGAAUGCUCACUACAGAACAUUAGCCGUCAGCUAAAAGAAGCCUGCAGAAUGUGUGGUAUAUCUGCUGCAGACUCGCCAUCGAUUCUUAGUGCCUGCCUCGUAGCAAUGGAGCCACAAGGAUCAUUUCAUGUGAUGCCAGAUGCAGUUACCAUGGGAUCUGUCUUUGGUCGCAGCACAGCCUUGAAUCUGCAGACCUCUCAGCUCAGCACCCCACAAGAUGCAUCUUGCACCCACAUCUUAGUAUUUCCUACUUCAGCUACAACCCAGGUUGCUCCUAGUCAUUAUCCACAUGAAGAUGGUUUUAAUAAUGAUGAUAUGUUUGAUCUGCCAUUCCCGGACAUGCCUGACAUGGAAAAUGAUCUAGGAAUUUUAAUCCAAGGGAAUCUACAUUCUCCUCCGAACUCCUCCCCAGGAUCUCCAACGGGCAUUGGAGGUGGAUCACACUUCCAACAUAGUCGGAGUCAAGGAGAGAGGCUUCUUUCUAGGGAAACACCAGAAGAACUGAAGCAACAGCCUUUGGCUCUUGGUUACUAUGUCUCCACAGCCAAAGCAGAAAACCUGCCUGAAUGGUUUUGGUCAUCAUGCCCACAAGCGCAAAACCAGUGUCCCUUAUUUUUAAAGGCUUCACUACAUCAUCAUAUUUCUAUAUCUCAAAACGAUGACCUACUACCUGCGCGCACUUCACAACGUGUUCCUCAUCCUUUGGAUUCCAAAACAACAUCAGAUGUUCUUAGGUUUGUGCUUGAGCAGUACAAUGCCCUCUCUUGGUUGACGUGUAACCCAGCUACUCAGGAUCGAACGUCAUGCCUACCUGUUCACUUCACGGUGCUCACGCAAAUGUAUAACAUGGUCAUGGACAUUCUCUGAGUACUUUCAUCCUACCUUGACCAACAUCCAGAGUCCCCUGUAGUUUCCGUGUUUAAAGUCUCUGCUGUUGGACCUGUUGCAUGGAGGAAAUGCACUUCAUCAGGAACACUUGUUUCUGUGCAACACAAAAUAUACACUAAGAAAUACUAGUGCAAACAAAUUAUUCUCCUGAGAGAAACGAAUACAUGGGCAGGCUACGUAUGCCUGCAAGCUAAUAAAUGGAAGGCAAUCCAGCAAUAGAUCAAAGUAGUCUACAGCUUUGAUAAGAAACAAUACAGUAGCGUACACCACUGGGGAAACCCCGACCAAUAUAUAGAAGUCUUUCUUGCAUCAUGUUCCGCUCAGUUAUUGUAUCAGCUUCACAAAGCACUUCUAUGCCACUAACUCAGCUCGCUCUUUUUUUUGUAGCCCAGACCAGGCCAUGAGUAUUACUGUUUCAUAUUUGCUUUACUUUGAUUCAAGCCCAUUGUGCUACAUUUGAUGUCUGGUUGCAUUCUGACCUUAAGAAAAGUUGUUUUUGUGCCAAACCUCUCAGUAUUCCUCAUUCAGUUUAUAAUGAUUCUGUAUAUGCGGUAGCCAAAGCGAAUGCCUCCUAGUCACUAUUUCAGUGUUGAUACCGUGUCAGAAGCGGAUCCUCUUCUGUUCUCCAUAGAAGUGACAAUCAGCAAUAUUUUCCUAAUGGUGUGAAUUACAUUCCACGGGCCUUGUAUUUGAAAACUGGUUUGAAACCUAAACCAGUUUUGUGGUCUCAAUGUUUUGGAUAUGUAGUAGAUCCAAUGCCCAUCUCUUAUACCUAAUGGCUAUUACCAGCUAUGGCUCUUUCCAGCCAUCCAUUGCAAUUUCCACUUGCAGCGUGCUGUUGCUGUUGUAUUUUUUAUUUUUAAGCAAACCCUAUCCAUGAUCCAAGUAACAUGCACAUUUGUAUCCUUUUUCCCAAUGACAGUCGCAUGAAGAUUUACGUGAAGGCCUAAAAACAAAACAAAAAAAUGCCAAUUUUGAAGGCAACCAGCUUGGUAUUUUUGAGGUGCUAGGGAGCAGUAUCUGUAUUGCAGUCAGUUGCUCUUUAAGAUUUGUGAUUUCUAUUUUUGCGGUUUCUGCAGAUUGUGCUGCAGAUCGAUAUAUCAUGAAGAUACAUAUCGCCUCCAAUUAAACAGUAUUAGGCGAAGCUAUAUGUAGACUUGACAACAGGGCAGAAUGACCUUCCUGCUGAUUCAGGUUGUCCCAUCUGUGGAGGUCCAGUUGUAUUUUAAUGCAUCCUGGUCAUGGGAGGCAAAGGCCAUGUGAUAUCUCUUGAACAAGUCAACAACUUCGUCAGCUUGCCAAAAACCGAACUCCUAGCUGAAGUGGUUUACUGAAUGGAGAAGCUGACACAAUACUGGAGGUUUCAUGUACCUUGCAUAAGAAAGCAAUCCACACAUCAAGUCCUUUCUUUAUAAGACUGAGCUCAGUGGCAAUCCAAUACAAAGCAUGACACAUACAGGCAGCUCUUUUCUCAAAUCCAUAUAUCCUUUCUAGAUAUUUAUGUGUUAUUUUUGUUCAUCAUUUACUAUUUAAAGAAGUAUUUGGUUUUAGCAUGGAGAAAGGCGAGUUAAAUGGCUGUUUUAUUUAAACUCCGACACCGAACAAGUCAAAGGAUGUCAUUUGCACAUCAACAGACAUCUACUCUACUUUUCAUUGGAAAUGUUAUUCUAAAUUUCUGACAGUUUCAGACGUGUAAAGUUUUUGCCAGUUCUGGAAGGGAAAAAAAAAAAAAUCUGAUCUGUGACAAAGAUUAAAGAAUAAUGUAUUUGUAUAUAGAAAUAUAUAUCACUUUUUUUAAAAAAAAUUGUAAAAGUUGUACAUUUCUCAAUGAACUAAUUUUUAAAGCAUUUACUGGCUGUGUUUUUCCAUUUUAUAUAUAAAAUAUAUAAAUAUAUAUAAAUAAUAUUAUAUAUACACACAUUUACAAAUAUCUAUAAAUAGCCGUAAAAACUGAAUAUGGGAAAUGAAGCCCUGCCAGAAACCCAUGGAAGGAGGAAAGUUUCAAACAAGAUUUUAAUCCCACCUCUGGUACCUCACAUUCAGAAAAAAAAAAAAAAAAAAAAAAACUUUGAUACAAAAAAAAAA